AAGAAAGUGAUCAAGUUUGUUUUGGACGUACGCGUACAGAGAUCUGGUCUGUGAUGGCUGCUGCUGUUGAUCAGUGCAAAAAGGAGAAGAAAAAAAUUCGCUCAAAAGAACUCCUGCAGCCUCCAAAUGGCCCAGGUGUAUCAUUUCUGAGAAAAGAGUUGUGUCUACCAAACGGUGUGUCUCAGAAGCCACUGCAAACAUUUAAAGUUGAUAGAAGCUCCAUUUUGUCCCAGGUGAAGGCGUUUCUCCCUCGACUGGAGAAGGCAGACAGAGAGCUGCAGGAGAGACUGCAGGGAGAGGGGGAGGGGCUGGAUAUUGAGGGUGUGGAGGAAGGGGAGCCUUGCAUAGAAAUGGACUUGGCAGUGGUGCCCCUCCCACAUUCAGACUCUGAGAUCGAGAGUGAUUUAUCCGACAGUGAUGAUGACAGCUCCAACUCAGAAGACAGAACUCUCAAGUUGAAAGUACAUACUAAAACUAAAACUGGAACAAUAGUGGAAAUGUAAUCAAUUCUGUGUUUUUGUCUUAUGAGCACUCUGCCUUCUUUCUGUCACUGCAACAAUCAUUUCACUGUGUUUGUACUAUAUUUUCAUUUGAGUUGCACUA